AGUGGCUGGCGGCUAGGGUGGCUACGUGGGUGCCUGGCUCCCGGCUCGUGCCCCCGGCGGCGCAGAGAUCCGCUUCGCACAGUCCCAGUGUCGGCUCCGGCGGGACGGACUGUCCGCCGCUCUGGACUCUGUUCUCCGAUCCUGAUUGAGUCAUUGCUUUACAUUAUAACUCAGUGCUCUCCAUAAAGCUGAGAGAUGCCCAAUGUGGAGAGUGAAGCCAAGGUAAAAUCCAAAGUUCGCUUUGAGGAAUUGCUUAAGACCCACAAUGAGCUCACUGAUGAAAGAAAAAAACUGAAGAAAAAAAUGGGCAAAUCUGGAGAAAAAAUUGCACUUGACACUGUUAGAAGCAAUCGUCUGAAAAGUAAAGAAACUAGAAGUGAUGAUGUAAGUCCUGCGAACACUAAUAACUCAGAGGAGAGCAUGCAAGUCACUAAAAGCAAACUAAGGAAUCCUCAGUCAACGCCUGAAAAUCCAGAUGAUGUUAGUGUAGAGGAAGAAAAGCAAGGAAAGAUAAGUAAAAAGGCGGUGAAAACAGUAUUCCAGAUGACUGUACAAGGAAUGGAACUGGAAACUCCUGUGAAGAAGGUGGAUUCCACACAUCAGAAAGCACGGACCAGGCCACAGCCAGGUUUUGCUCAUCAGAAGAGCGAGAAGGCAGAUGAAGAAAGAGAAAAUGGUAAUUUAGAUGAGGAGGAAGAACUGGUGCAAAUGUACCAACUCCAAGUAGCUGAAGAAAUGGCGAAGGAGAUUAAGAAGAAAAUAAGAAAGAAACUCAAAGAACAGUUGACUUACUUUCCCUCAGAUCCCUCAUUGCAUGAUGGCAAACUGAACACUGAGAAAAAAAUAAAGAAAAAAAAGAAAGUUUCAAUGUCGUCCAAAGCUGAAACAAGUACAUUGACCAUCUCUGAUGACACAGCUGAAAGUGAACAAAAGAAAGCAUCUCCAGUUAGAACAGUUACUUCAGAUUCUCAUCAAGAUGAGAAAAUAAGCUCAGUGGAAGACAAUGUAGAAGACAGCAUGCAAGAUGACACAAAAUCCAAACCAAAAAAAAAGAAAAAGAAGGCUAAAACAGUUUCAGAUGAUAAUGAAGACACUGAUGGUGUUCAUGAAGUAACAAGCCAAGAUAGUCCAGUUUAUCCCAAAUAUAUGCUUGAUGAUGAUCUUGUCCUGGGAGUUUACAUUCACCGCACUGAUCGACUUAAGUCCGAUUAUAUGAUUUCUCACCCAAUGGUAAAAAUUCAUGUGAUUGAUGAGAAUACUGGUCAAUAUGUCAAGAAAGCUGAUAGUGAACAGCCUGUUUCAUCUCACUAUGAAAAAGAAAGUGUGGAUUACAUUCUUCCUAUUAUGACCCAGCCAUAUGAUUUUAAACAGUUAAAAUCAAGAAUUCCAGAGUGGGAAGAACAAAUUAUAUUUAAUGAAAACUUUCCCUAUUUGCUUCGAGAUUUUGAUGAGAGCCCUAAAGUCAUCUUGUUUUUUGAGAUUCUUGAUUUCUUAAGCAUGGAUGAAAUUAGGAAUAAUUCUGAAGUUCAAAACCAAGAAUGUGGCUUUCGGAAAAUUGCCUGGGCAUUUCUCAAGCUUCUCGGAGCCAAUGGAAAUAUAAACAUCAAUUCAAAACUUCGUUUGCAGCUGUAUUACCCACCUACUAAGCCUCGAUCCCAAUUAAACAUUGUUGAGGUUUUUGAAUGGUGGUCAAAAUAUCCAAGGAAUCAUUACCCAUCAACAUUAUACGUAACUGUAAGAGGAUUGAAAGUUCCAGAAUGUAUAAAGUCAUCUUACCAUUCUGUGGUGGCUGUCCAGGAGGAGAAAGGUAAACCAGUGCAUUGUGAAGGACACCAUGAGGCCAGUUCAGUAGAUGCAGAACCUGGACUAGAAGAUUCCAAAGAAGUAGUGAAGUGGAAACGACUACCUGGGCAGGCUUGCCGUAUCCCAAAUAAGCACCUCUUCUCACUAAAUACAGGAGAACGAGGAUGUUUUCGUCUGGCUUUCUCUCAUAAUGGAAGAAUAUUAGCAGCGGCCUGUGCCAGCCGAGAUGGAUAUCCAAUUAUCUUAUAUGAAAUUCCUUCUGGGCGUUUCAUGAGAGAAUUGUGUGGCCACCUUAAUAUCAUUUAUGAUCUUUGCUGGUCCCAUGACGAUCGCUAUAUCCUUACUGCAUCAUCUGAUGGCACUGCCAGGAUAUGGAAAAAUGAAAUAAAUCAUACUAGUACUUUCAGAGUUUUACCUCAUCCUUCUUUUGUUUACACGGCUAAAUUCUAUCCUGCUGUAAAAGAAGUGGUAGUUACAGGGUGUUAUGAUUCUGUGAUACGGAUAUGGAAGGUUGAUAUGAGAGGGGAUCCUGCGAUAUUGAUUCGACAGUUUGACACUCACAGAAGUUUCAUCAACUCUCUCUGUUUUGAUAUUGAAGGUCAUCACAUGUAUUCAGGAGAUUGCACGGGGGUGAUUGUUGUUUGGAAUACCUAUGUCAAAGUCAAUGAUGUGCAACAUUCAGUGCGCCACUGGAGUGUAAAUAAGGAAAUUAAAGAGAGUGAGUUUAAGGGGAUUCCUAUAAGUUAUUUGGAGGUUCAUCCCAAUGGAAAACGAUUGUUAAUCCAUACCAAAGACAGUACUUUGAGAAUUAUGGAUCUCCGAAUAUUAGCAGCAAGGAAAUUUGUGGGUGCAGCAAAUUACCGGGAAAAGAUUCAUAGUACUUUGACACCAUGUGGGACUUUUCUCUUUGCUGGAAGUGAGGAUGGUAUAGUAUAUGUUUGGAACCCAGAAACAGGAGAACAAGUAGCAAUGUAUUCUGACCUGCCAUUCAAAUCACCCAUUCGAGACAUUUCUUAUCACCCACUUGAAAAUAUGGUUGCAUUUUGUGCAUUUGGGCAGAAUGAGCCAAUUCUUCUGUAUAUUUAUGAUUUCCAUGCUGCCCAGCAAGAGGCUGAAAUGUUCAAAUGCUACAAUGGAACGUUUCCAUUACGUGGAAUACACCAAAGUCAAGAUGCUUUAUGCACCUAUCCUAAAGGGCCUCACCAAGGCUCUUUUCAGAUUGAUGACUGUGUCCAUGCUGAACGUUCUUCAAUGAGGAUGCAGCAAGUGAAACAGAGACUCGAUUCUGUCACAGAGGUGAUACAAGCCUGUGCUGCAAAGGUCAACAAAAAUCUCUCCUUUUCUUCAACGUCAGCCUCCUCACAGCAGUCUAAGUUAAAACAGUCAGACAUGCUGGCCACUCAUCAGAUUCUACCUCAGUCUGGUUUCCCUCAGACCGGGAUUAACAGCAUGGAAAGAAAGCCUGGUAACCAUCAUGUAGAUACAGCACCAAUGGUAGUGGCUCUUUAUGACUAUACAGCGAAUCGAUCAGAUGAACUAACCAUCCAUCGCGGAGACAUUAUCCGAGUGUUUUUCAAAGAUAAUGAAGACUGGUGGUAUGGCAGCAUAGGAAAGGGACAGGAAGGUUAUUUUCCAGCUAAUCAUGUGGCUAGUGAAACAUUAUAUCAAGAACUGCCUCCAGAGAUAAAGGAGCGAUCCCCUCCUUUAACCCCAAAGGAAAAAACCAAAGUGGAAAAACCUUCUUCAGCUGCUCAAAAGGAAAAUAUCAAGAAUGAUCUCUGCUUAUAAAAAGAAGAAACAGUAAUGUUGUCCCAAGUAAUUAAAAUGCCUUGGGUUCACUCUGAGUCAUGAUGCCAACAGCCAGCCUUAAGAAAUGUGUCACUGGGCUUCCUUAGCACCUGGCAUAGUUGCAUUUCUUCAGUUGCUUUCCUUUAUCAGGAUAUAUAUGGUUUGAUUUUAUCAAGAUCCUGCCACAAAUUCUAUCAAAUGUUUAAUUUCAAGAGCAAGUUUUAUAUUUAUUAUCAUAUAAAAGAUAUGUUUAAAAAGAAGAACAUGAAAAGUAGUCUUUUAUGUUAAGUGCCUAGAAUUGGGGAGGGGAAGGUUCUAUGUUCUUAGACUGACAGAACUGGCGACCUGGAAGGAACCCUAGAGAUCAUCCACAGUGAUUCUAGUCAGUCCCUUCAUUUUACGGAUAAGGAAAUCAAGAUCCAGAGAACUUGUAAGAGUUUUGUUCAGGAUGACUCCUAGCUGAGAGCUGGGCCUUCAUGUUGUCAGACCAGUGCCCUUUUGUCCCUUAUACUAGUCCGCAGCACGGACAGCUGCCCUCCGCACAGCCAGCCACAGUUUGUGUCACACCAGCUUCCACAUUCCUGUGAAUAUCUGCUUCGUGGUGUUCGUCUCCAUGUGUAAGUUUUUAGAAUUGUACUCUCUGUACUUUUUAAGGAAAAAAGGAAACCUCAGUAGUUUUCUUUCUUCUUUAAAUUUUCUCUAUUCAAACUAUAGAAUAAGAAGUAAAAUUAUACCUUUUUAAAAGCUUGGCAGCUGCUGCAUCCUAUAAGUCCUUCCAAGUGGCACACACCUGUCCUGUUGCUGCUCAUGCCAGGCACCUUCCAGCUUUUCAUCGAGUUCACUGCAGUGUCAGUGGGUGACGGCAUCGUCGGGCUCUCCCAGGGCAGGUGGCGGGCACAGGGCUAGAGGCGGCAACUCUCCGCGAUAGGCCAGAAGGUCCCCAGACACAUCAGCGAUGACCUGUGGUGCAGGGGAGAGAGAGGAGAAUGCUUUCCUCAAGCUCACUCCACGACAUUUGUAGCACGAGGUGCUGUAAAUUUGCAUCUAAUAGAAGGAAGAAUAUUGGUGCUAUCAGGGAGAGGAAAAAAACCGAGAUUUGAAAAAAAAAAAAAAUAGUGCUGAUGGCCUUGGUUUAUUUGUGUUUGUAUUUUGGAUCUUGUUUUCUUAGGCUCUUUAUUUUUGCCAGCCUAAGCAUGAAUCUAUGUCAUCCAUUUAUUUGGGUAAGAAGGUUGUUAAAAUUCCUGUUUUAAAAAAUUUUUUAAUGAUUUUAAGUUGUUUUACUAUAAAAGCAAUAUAUGCUCAUAGUUUUAAAAUUUUAACCAAUAAACAAUAGUGUAAAUAAAAAAUAAAACCCCUCUGUCUGGCUAAUAUUUGUGUUCAUUCUAAUAGUUUCUUCCAUGUCCUGUU